CACUGAGUUUCGUUUCCCUCGUGAAACUCUAAUUUAUUCCUAGCACUUUAGCGUCGGAAAGGGGAACUAACCCCUUCAGACUAAGAAAGUGACACAGAAGUGGUGGUCUGUGCUUUCUGUCUCUCAGGUAGACAAUAAUUUUGUUUCCGUUGCCCGCGAGGAGCCCCGCGAAGCAAACAUGAUGGAGGCAACUGAUGGAGAAGAGCAAAUGAGAGAUGCUGAUCAUCUUCUAGCACCUCCUAAUGGCGGCAUGAAUGAACUGCUGAAUGUGGGGCAAGAAGACAACAUGCAGGGACAGAUGGAGGAGUUUUUGGGUCCACAGGCAGAGUACAAUGAGGAGGAAGAGGAGAGGAAAUACUACAGGAGGAAGAGGCUGGGAGUCAUCAAAAAUGUUGUUGCAGCCAGUGUUGGAGCCAUGAUUGUGUACAGUGUAUAUAUGGGCCUUCUGCAAAUGCAACUGAUCCUCCAUUAUGACAUGACCUACCGUGAGGUGAAGUACAGUAACCUUGGCCUGGAGGACAUCGACCGCAAGAUGCUGAUGGGCAUUAACGUCACGCCCAUUAUAGGUCUGCUGUACACCCCUGUUCUCAUCAGGUUUCUAGGUACUAAGUGGAUGAUGUUCCUGGCCUCGGGAAUCUACGCACUUUUUGUCUCAACCAAUUACUGGGAGCGUUACUACACCUUGGUUCCAUCAGCCAUAGCUAUCGGUGUGGCCAUUGUGCCGCUCUGGGCCUCCUUGGGAAGCUACAUCACUAGGAUGGCGCAGCAGUACUACGAGUACGUCAACUACAAGGAAGAGCAUGUGCAGGAGCAGAAGAAGCUCCCUAAAGGAGUGUGCCACAACUACAUCAUCAUCUUCCACUCAGUCUUCAACAUCAUCUUCCAUCUGAGUUUUGUCUUUGCGGAGUUCCCUAUGCGUCUUGUCCUCCACGGCUACCUGCGUGAUGAUGACACGCACAUUCUCUGCAACGUCAAAGCCUGUGGAGCAGUAGUCAGUGGAGUGAUCCCCGGAUUCAACACCACCGUGCUGACCAACCUGCCACGCUCCAUGCUGCUCAUCCAGGUGGAGAGUGUCCUCAUGGGCUUUGCCUUCCUGUCCAUGAUCAUUUUCCUUGUGCUGUGUGGCGCCGCCUACCGGCCAACAGAAGAGAUCGACCUCCGCAGCAUCGGCUGGGGAAACAUCUUCCAGCUGCCUUUCAAACACCUGCGGGACUACCGCCUGCGACUGCUCUGCCCCUUUUUUAUCUACAGUGGCUUUGAAGUGCUGUUUGCCAUCACCGGGUUCUCUCUGACCUAUGGCGUCUGCAUUUUGGGCCUGAAAAAUCUGUGGCUCCUUAUCGUCGUCUAUGGCCUGUCCUGCUCCGUCUUUUCCUCCCUCUCCCUCUGCAUCCUACGCCUCCCUCGCUGGCUCUGUCUGGUGAGCGGCGCUGCUGUGCAUUUUGUGUUGCUGGUGACUCUCCUGGCGUUCUCUCUACAACGUAAGGACAACGAAAACUAUACAUGGUAUCUGGGCCCUCUGCUGGUGAUCACCGUGCUGUGGGGUCUCGGCACUGCCCUGAACAAGACGGGCGUCAGCACUCUGCUUGGUAUGCUGUAUGCUGAGGAAAAGGAACGUCUGGACUUUGUGUACACCAUCUAUCACUGGUGGCAGGCCAUCGCCAUCUUCAUAGUCUACCUCUGGUCCAACCUGCCUAUGAGGGCCAAACUCUCCAUCCUUUUGGCUACUUUACUGGUGGCCUGCUACUGCUAUUGGGUGAUGGAGCGUCGGCUGGCCAAUGACGUACGCCCCAGGCUGCCUCGCAUCCCCCGGCCACGGCACAAGGUCAAAGGCUACCGCUACCUUGAAGAUGACAACUCUGAUGAGUCAGACUCUGAGAGAAGUGAGGAGGAUGAGGAGAAGGAGGAGGACGAAGAGCAUGUGGUGGAAGAGAUGGGAGCAGAGGACAGGGAGGAAGGGGGCCAAGACAGAGGGGCCCAGGGAGCUGACUCACCCAGAGCCAGGAGGAGAGGGGCAGAGGGCCACCGCGGCAAAUGGGAGGACGCCGGUGUGAAGGAUGGAGAGAGGGAAGACCACGAAGGGUGGUGAGAGAAGAAAAAACGGAGGAGAGAGGAGAAGACAUGGUGGACGGAUGUCAGAGAUAAAGGAGAGGAAGAGAUUCAAAAAUACGCUGGAUUCAGUUGUGUUCAUGAAUCCAUUCAUAUUUCUACAGAUAUUUAAACUUAACUUAACUCUUUCAUGCCACACUAAACAAAAAUGUGUUUUCUAGCAUAAAGUUAAGUUAAAAAGCUGGAAAUCCAUAUUCAGCUAUUAUCACAACAAUCAUCCAGAUGAAAAGGUAAAGAAACUCGAAAGACCUAUGUUGAUAUCAAUAGGCACAGUCUCAAAGGGUAGCUCACACUGGAUAAAGCAAACGACAAGUCAGAAUACAACAGGAAUACUUAUGUUUUUUUUUUUUUUUGCUGCAGUUUGUGGCUCAUAUUUACCAAAGAUACCCAUAAUUAUAGAGGGGAUUGUCACUUUGUGUUUCAUCAUUCAACAAACUCAUUAAUAUACAAACUGGUUUUAUAUAAAAAAGAGCAAAUAUCCUCAAAGAACUGCAAGUGACAGAAAAAGAAAAGAGGAAUUGAUUAUCUGUGUUUAAUUGCAGGGAGUGUGUUUUGAUGGAGUCAUAUUUAGCGAGAGAGAGUCUGCAUGGUACUGCUGGAUGUGAAGAGCGUAAACAGCCUUAGUUAUAUUUGCUCUUCUGUCUUUCUUUAACCUUCCACCCCUUCCGUACACAGAAAGCAGGCUAACUCAAGAUAGCAUCAGAAGCUAAGACAGUUAAAUAUGUCUUUUGCAAAAGUUGGAUUUGAAUGUAUGAGUGUAUGUUUAUGCUUUCGUGUGGUUAAGUGUGCAGCAGGUUUGGAGGCCGCAUUUCAGUAACCAGUGGGGUAUUAUUACAAAUAUUUUCAUGUACAACACAACAAUAAAAAAGACCAAAGAUAAACGGUCUACAGCCAUGCUAACGGCUCUACUUCAGAUCAAUACUGCAAAUGCUAAUGUUAGCAUGCACACACGCUCACAGUAACAGUGUUUCCAUGCUCAUGUGAAGCAGGUAUAGAGAGCCAAAGUAAAACUGGAAGUAAAGAAAACCUCAUUAAAAAUCCCAUUGACAUUUGUAAUAAUGCUAAAAAUCCAGCCUUGGAACACAACAGUCGUGUUGCUCAAUUCAUAUGUUUAGAUAAUGUACAUUUUUUUGUUUAGUCAAUGUCCAUAAUAUUCAAUAUUCAGACAUGUCUGCAAUAAUAGCAGGAUUAUGGGAGCUGUAGUUUUUUGUAGGCACACAAGGUAAUUGUUGUAUAACUUUGUUAACUCAUGAAGGUUUCAAUUUCUUACAGCCACUGAUGUGGUGAAUGGUCAUUUAUUUUCUCAUAAAGAAAUGGUGAAGGAGAGAUUGCGCUGAACUAAGUUACAGAAGCUAGUGGAACAGAGGCUAGCCCAGACUGACACCAAGACUUUGGCUCUCUAUAAUGUUUAUAAUGUUCACCUUCUUAGUUUAGCAUGUUAGCAGGCUAACAUUUGUAGCAUUAAAUCAGCAUUAAACACAAAGCACAACUGAGGCUGAUGGAAAUGUCAUUCGUUUUUGCAGGUAUUUGGAGACCAUAAAUGUUGUGUACAUACUUUCAUGGCAAUCUAUCAAAUAGAUGUUGAGACAUAUCAGUCUGGAACAAAGUGGCGGACUGACCAACACUGCCAUCCCUAGAGUCACGCUGCUUUGGUUUUGGUUCAGGUUUGACUUACUACACAUUUUGACACGUCACAACAGAAAAACCACAGGUGUAAAUUAUUAAAUUAACUACAGCUUCUUCAGUUUCAGGGUCCUGGUGUUGUGUAACCGGCUCAUUGUCAGGACUGACUGGGGUGCUUGAAUAAAACUGAGCCAUUGCUGAUGUUAUUAGUAACACCCAUGCUUUUGCUGUUAUGAAAAGUCAAAAUGUGUGAAAAAAGCCUAUUAAUCAUGAAAAGUUGGCAAGUUUGGGGACCUACUAUUGGCCGACGCAGUGUUUGGGGGAGGUAAUUCUGAGUUGUCAUCGCUGCACAGAAGGUUUAGUUAUGCAAUGUACAAAAUAUAUACGUCAUUCCUACUGUUUUUACUCUCUGUACAUAGUUGUCACUUCAUUUCCUAUCAUUGCUUUUGUUUUGACCAUUUAUAGUUUCUGAAGUUACAUCAUGCUCAGUCAAGUAACCUAGAUUUACCAGGCUGUUCUUCAGGACUACAUGCUUGCUUUCACCCUGAUGGUCUGAUAUUUCAAAUAUUUUUGCAGGUACUAUACUCAGACAUUAGGGUUAGAGGAAGUUAACCUAUUGUUUGUGUUAAAAUAAUCACAGUAUGAGUUUCUAUUUGAACCAGCUGUAGAAAAAAGAAAUGGUAUCCACAUGCUGUAGUGGAGUGGAUAUUUUAACCUUUAUAAUUUUUAUAAUACAAAUCACUUGUGGAUUUCUGUGAUCCAAGCAUUAGGUACUUGAUGUUGCACUAAUCCAUGUGAAGUUGUUAAAGGACCAGCGUGUAGGAUUUAGUGGCAUCUAGUGGUGAUGUUGCAGAUUGUAACCAACUGAAUACUCCUCACCCCUCCCUUUCCAAGCAUGUAGCCUAAUAUAUGGUGGCCUUCAGGUAACAUAAAAACAUGAAAGAGCCAGAGCUGUGUUUGUCCAUUCUGGGCUACUGUAGAAACAUGGCAGUGACACUUUACAGGCUCCGUGGAAGAGGAACCGCUCCCUAUGUAGAUAUGAAGGGCUCAUUCUAAGCUACAAAAAACAUGAUUCCUAGUUUCAGUUGAUUAGACACUAAUGAAAAUAUAAUUGUGAAUAUGAUUUCUGCCAAUAGAUCCUCCUAAAUCCUACACACUGGUCCUUUCACUUAUGUAAUGCAUUGUCACAAACAGCUGUGAAUGAACUAAAGAUUGUGCUGAAGUUAA